CGUCAUUUGCUGUGUAUUAGUAAACAUGGCGAAUCGUUUUUGGCGUCCACCUUUUUUUGACGUCAAUGUAUAAUCUUUUUCGUUGCAAAAAUUUAAAAAAUAAAUUUACCAGAAGCCCUCAACUAGCGUUAAAAUGUUAUAAUACAUAUCUUAGGUUAUACUCUGGAUUGUUUGAAUGGCUAUGGAUUGGAAGUGGGAUCAAGUUCGCAAGUAGAGAAGAGGUGACAUGCAGUCUGCUGAUUCAAGCCGAUAUAUCAAUUCGGUAUCAGACCUUUAUGGGGACGACGAAAUCGAAUUCCUAUUAGAUGAUAUUAGAGAAUUGGAGCCAAUAUGUAGCAGACCAGAUGAUAAUCAGGGAGGAGAUGGCAUGAGUUGCGUGCUUCAGGAUUUUGAAAUAGCUGGAAGUGGAACAGGAGAACCUGCAGGUGGUGGUGCAGAGUCGCCAGUGGGCACUGUUCAUUCAUGGGACUCACAUUCUCACUACCGACGAAAAUCCGCCUCACCUGAUUUAUCACUCUACUCAGGUGUGAUUGUCUACUGCGAUCAUACACACUUAAAAACCCCAACUGGACUAAUAAGACUACUAUUAGUGAUUACAUCGGUAGCGUGUUUAGCAUGUCUUUGUACAUCGGGAACUGUGAAAGUGGGAUUAUUUAUGCUGCCAUUAGUCAGUCGAAUUAGAUUGCUGAUGUUCAUCACAUUACUCAGUAUUUUAGUUACAUGUUCAUUGUUGUUCCUCGAUAUUUCACAUAUGAUAUAUUUAUUCCCAUUUCCAUGGGGGAAAUUGAAUGCAUAUUUUUAUCUCAGCCUUAGUGCGUUGUUCCUUAUUGCCUCAAGUCUAAUAUUUCACAUGAUAUUUUUAUCAGAGGCCUUCUUGUGGGUUCCAAAGUGGACACAUCAACAACUAUUAAUUACUGGGUGUCUUGGGUAUGCAUGUUGUGUAGAAUCACUAGUAUUAACGAUAAUCCAAAAGUGUUCAGAAGAUCACUACCAGCCAGUGGCGGAGGACCCGAGUAUGAUCCUUCAGGAGCGCCACACAUCGCAUCCGAACUCGCCCGACCAUAAUCAGACGACACACAAUUACAAGCCAAUAAUCAAUUAUCAAAUCCCGGCUGUCGCUUCCACUUCCCGACAAGAUCCAUACAACUAUCUGGACGAUGUCCAACCGUGCUCCUCGAAGAUGGCGCAGGAUGCAUGAUAUACUAUAGACGAUUAACGUGAAUAUUUUCCCGGAAAAUCGUCGAUCUACUUUUAUGUUUUAUGGAUUUUUCGGUUAUCUCUCAUUUGUUUAACGAUGAGGCCAUCAUAUUGUCCAUCACCACAAAGACCCAAUAUAGACCAUCGGAAAGAUAUAUAUAUAUACACUUGCACUAAUCUGAAACGACAAACAUGUUAGUACCUUGUUUUCUUCUUAGUUUAUUUUGAAUGAUGUGAUAGUGUAAAGUUUAUAAAAAAAUCACCUUAUUGUGUACAGAUUUUACACAAGUAAUGUAUAAAAUAUAUAAAUAUUAUAUAUUUAAAAUAAAGACCGAUUGUAGUAUACGU